AUGUGGGCUAAGCCAUUACUGAAUCCUCGUCGUUGGGUCAAAGUGGAGACAUCGUCGCGACUGUUUGAUGAGGCAAUUAUUCUUCCUCCAACCUCGCCACCCCAGAGCCACCGCCCAGAUUUUGCUCUUCUUUCGCUAGACCUUAUCAUCGAUAAGCGGGGAUCUGGAGACAGCUGGGAUUUUGCCAAAUUUACAUGUCCCAUUGUCGUGCCGCUGGGCGCCGUGCAUCCUAUGGAGGAAAGAGGCGCCACCGGUUGGCUGUCCAGAGCCAGCUGGAACCAUCCUCAGCUGGAACCACAGACUCAAUACCUUCUGAUUUGUUCAGUCUACCUCUUGAUCUUUGCCUAUCAUACGCGCCGCAGUCUUCCGGUUUAUCGCGUCAAUUCAUGCCAGAAAAGGUCUAUGGCGUUGGCCCUGCAUAUACUGGCAGGAGCAUUCGAGCUUACACGAUACUACGCCCGAGCAGUAAAAGGGCCGGUCCUGCCAGAUCUUGCGGACACUGCUGCCUGUUUCGCCCACUCUUUCACCACCCUCACCCUCGCAAGGACACUGUUACGAGGCGAUAAGACAACAAGGGCAUCGUACCAGGCCCCUGCGCUAAUGCGACCGUUGCUCGCGCUGAUUGCCAUCGGCUACGAGAACGCCUUCAUCCAUGAGGCUUCAGUCAAGCUCCUACAUGCCUUUCUCUACACCCGGUUGAUCAUUUUCCUAGCCAAAAGGAUUGGGAUGAACAAGGUCCAGUCAUACGCCACAGUGUACGCUCAUGCGGUUUCUCUAGGCGCUAUUGUGGCCAUUCAUUACUCAGGUCUUCCGGGGGGCGUCCCGGUAUACAUCGGCGCGGUUGGCGUCGUGAUGGUCUUCAAUCAUCGCAUGUCUGCUGCUCUGUCCAAGUCAGCGGAGUCUGGGCGAUAUACACAAGACACUACAAGUCAAUCAAUCAGCAGACACAUUGGGCCGGAAGGGAUCAAGUCAGCGUUCGGACAAGCUCUCAUGCGGAUGUCCUUGUGGAUAGGGCUGGUCAAUAUUGAGACUAUCAAAGCACAGGAUCGUUCUUCCAUUGCAUCUGCAUGGACGGGCGAUGAGUACGUUGAAUGGAAAAACUAG